AUGAAGCUAUACCUAUUGACUGCGUUCCUCUACCUCACGUCGCUCGCGGCGUCAGCACCACCGGCUUCCACUUUCCCUUCUCCGGGCGAGAUCUCCGUGCGCGAUUCAUCUCCGCUCGAACAAUACAAUACGUUAGCCAAGCGCAAAGGAGGAGGAGGCGGGAAAGGAGGCGGUAGUGGUGGCAGCAGUGGCGGCGGCCGUUCCAGUGGCUCCGGUUCCAGUGGCUCCAGUGGCAGUGGUGGCCGACCAUAUUCGUUCUCAUCCAGUUCCAACGCAGGAGGCCGAACACGCGACGGAUCAGGCACGCCCAAAACCUACGGCAACAGAUACGCCGGCGGCGCAACGGUGCCAUAUACUGCGGGCGCGAAGUCGCCGUCAAGAGGGAUUGCGCCGUACGCAUUGCCCAUUGCCGCGCUGGCUUUUUUCCCCGGAAUCUGGCUGUACUCUUCCGUCUGGGCGUACCCGUACCCAAUGUACUAUCAUUGGAACCAGGACGGGCAAAAUCGAACCAGCAAUGUGACUUGUCUGUGUCAGCAGUAUCAGGUCUGUGGGUGUGAUCCGACUGACAACAGCACGUUUCUCGACCAGGUCGUUUCCAAUGGCACUGGAGGAGCGCCUGUUAAUUCGAGUCUGGUGCGUACUAUCGACUAUGGUAAUGGGUCUGCUGCUACUUAUAUCAAUGGAUCACUGGCGAAUGGUACUACUGCUGAUGGUGGUUCUGAUCCUUCGAGCGAAAGUCAGGUCAGCCCGGCAGUGAGACUGGCUAUGGGUUAUGUGGGAUAUUGGGUCAUGACUACUACGGUCAUGGUCGGCAUGUGGAUGGUCGCUUGA